GAGCCCACAGAAUGGGUUGUGCUUCCUGUGCGAUAACAGCCUCAGUCGCAUCUUGCUCUCUCAGCCGUCACAUGCAUGCGCACACACACACACUAUGGAAGAAACAACACAUAUAGCAACAUAUCUACUGAACAGGCAAAACAGAAAAUACUGGCAUUCAAAAUGCAUCGGCAUGAAUAUAGCAUGCAUGAUGUCUGACCUGUGAGCAGCUCUCAGGCUGUCUCAUGGGAAGUCUCUCUCUCUCUAAGGGGUUAAGGAUAGAGUGGGAGGAGCUCAGGUAAACACAGGCGUGUAGCACAACAACUGUCAUCAUGGUGCAUGUUACCUGUACGUGGUUGUUUACCUACUGUGUGUGUGUGAGAGAGAGAGAGGUUAUGGUAGGCCAGAAACAGCAAAACAGGAUUUUCUGGUGCUAACAACAGUCAGUAACUGCCUGAAGAGAGGAGGACAGUCUCUCUCUGUUCCCUUUUCUCAGGUUGAGACCACAGGACCGUUGGCGGGCCUCCACUUCUUCAUCGAGGGUAGAAACUUAGAAAGACAGAAGGAAACAAGUAACUGUUUCUCCCUGCAAUUUCUCUGUCUCUGCUCCUGUUCAGCAUCUCAUCUAUGGAACAUCUACUGAGGACUCCUGCAGGAUUUUACCUCAACAAUUUAACCAACUAGCCAAGCCAACACUCACUCUUCUGAGAGGUCAAGCCACUGCGCUGGAGUGAGGAACGAGUUACUAGCCAGCUAUUUAACUGAAGUUACUUUCAUUUAGACAGUUUAGUCACUGUGCUGUUCAGGCAUGCAGUUAAGAGUGACUCAUCCUCAGGAGGACCUGUGAGAAACGGACAGGGGGAAGCUUUUGAUACAACUCUCUCUGCUCUGGAACUUCUGGAACACAGAACCUGUGAUUUGACACCUGUAACUUCGAUUCGGUGCUCUGGAACUUAGAACGUGUUGUGUGAAACUGUUGGACAUCUGAUGUGGAAUGCUGGGAGGAUGACAUCGUAGACCUGUUAUUGGAUUAUUCUGGAAUGUCUUCCAUGCUGCAGCAGACGGAACUCAUCUUUGAGUUUGCCAGCGACCACGUGAACAAUGGACUACAGCUGGAUGAGCACUUGGCCUAUCCUGCAGUGAUAGUGGAGCAGAUCCCACACUCCCACCUGCUCUCCUACACAGGCCUGGCCUGUGAGCAGACACACACAGAAGACCACCUGCUAACAACAGUGGAGGACAGUGAGAGUGGAGAUGAGGAAACCAUGGAAACACUGGUGGCAGCUGAGACUCUCCUCAACAUGGACUCCCCUGACUCCCUCUCUCUGGACCAACAGCACUACACCCAGCUGUACGUCCCCGCCCUGGGUGAUGUCAUCACGUCACCCGUUACCCACCAGUUGACGGUGUCAGCGGAAGGCCUUGUGGGAGCUCUGGGCCAGCCCCAGUGGGUCACGCUGCAGAGGGAGACUGUUGCUGAGCAACCAAAGAAGAAGAGAGCUAAGAAAUCCAAAAGGCCUGAAUCUCCCACACCGGACAUCACAUUCAAGAGGGGCAAAUACAGCAAAGGUAACACUAUGUUCUUGUGGCAGUUCCUGAUUGAGCUUCUCCAGGACAGACAGGCCUGCCCACGUUACAUCAAAUGGACCAAUCGGCAUGCAGGGAUCUUUAAGCUGGUCAACUCCAAGGCUGUGGCCAGACUCUGGGGCAAACACAAGAACAAACCAGACAUGAACUAUGAGACCAUGGGCCGAGCACUCAGGUACUACUACCAGCGUGGGAUUCUGAACAAGGUAGAGGGUCAGAGGCUGGUCUACCAGUUUGCCUCUCUGCCCAAAGACAUGGUCUUCAUCAGCGACGACGGAGACCAGGAGGACCAAGACAAUCAUGAGGAAGAAGAGGACGAUGAUGAUGAUGGCGUCCCAGAUGACCCAGAGGACAGUCUGCCCUACAGCGACCAAUCCCUGGACGAUUUAGGGUCCUACGAGCAUUCUUUCCUUCCCCCUCCCCAGGCUACCAGAGGCUACCAUAGGUCCAGACAGACCAGCAUAGGUCCAGCAGCAGCCCAGCGGCGCCGACCCGGCCCAAAACCCAAGACCCAAACCCCAGCCCCGUCCUUAGCCCAUCGCAGGACAGUCCUCCGGCCACCAGGGGGCAGUCUGAUCCAGCAGCAGCAUCUGCCUAUAGUCUCAGCUGAGAUGCUGCGGACCCUGCAGAACGUGCAGUCUCUGCAGCCUGGUCAGCAUGGGUCAGUCUUCAGAACUGCUCAGCUGCUGGGGAGUCUGUGUGAGAGACAGGCUGCAAGUGCAGAACAGACCACCAGUCAGAUAGUGACUCUGCAGUUACAGCCCUCCACUGAUUGUGGAGUAGGAUGCCCCGAGACAGCUGAUCAGUAUCAGCCACUUGCCCCAUAGCCAAGACGACUGCAGAAGACAAUGAUUUUCAAAGGGAGACUUUAGAGAAAGAUGUUGGACAGUUGUGAUGUAAAUUUGAUUUAUUUUACAGAUGUGACAGACCUGGAUGGUCUUUCUCUCACGCUUACAUUCCCUUAUGCACCAGAGCAAUUCUUACAGAGUUAACCAAACUGUCUUCCAUGUUGGCACCAAACACUCCAUGUCGAUAACAUUCCUAAUCGGCAUUCUAACAAGAAUGUAAUUGUCUUAGAAUUCUUGAUUCCAACAUGGCAGACAUUCUAAUUGCCGACCAAAGACAUGCACUGGAUUCUACAGCCUUGCUGCAGAGCAUCUGCACUGCUCUAUCUCUGUUCGCAAUUCAGCUCCACUGAAUGCAUGGGAGCUCGUGCGCUGUUCUUGUUCUCUCAAUGUUCUUUUCUCCGCCAUGACCAGUGCUUUGCACUAUUAACAUGUACCAUUUCUUUGUCACCACUCUCACCUACCAAAGUGCCUCAAAUAUUCAAACAAUCAUUUUCCAGCUUUCACCAAAGGCAGUCUUAAUCUGUAGCACGCUAGCUUCAACAUAUUGCUCCUUAACAUUCUUAUUUAUGUGUGUGUCAGUUGUUGAUCUUCCACGUAAACACACUCUCAUACUGUCACCCACACCAGUAGAAGACCCACCAUCAGUGCUUGAGGUAAACGUGUCCUAGUCGAUGUGUUCAGGGAGUACAUUCCAUAGAGAUGGCACAUCGCACGGAUUGUGGUUCUUGUGUUUGUCGGCAGAUCAUUCAACGUGCUGUGUUGUAGGGACCACCCGCUGUAGACAUCUGACUGCCUACAUUUUCCACAGGAUUCUACAUGUGAAAUCGGAAAUUACGUUCAGAGAUGCUAAGUACUCUCGGCCAGCAAACACUACUGGUGUGUCUGAGCCCUUAACUUUACAGGCUUUUCGUUAUUCUUGACGCACGGAUCCCUUUAGCGGGAUCAUUUUCGUAAACAACCGCUGAAUUGCAGAGAGCCAAAUUCAAAAAAUAUUUAUAAUCAUGAAAUCAC